AUGAGACGACUCGCAUCGGAACCGUCCUGGGACUCAAUCGAGGGUUCCUCGACCGCCGGCGGAGUGCCAAGUGACACCGUGCGACUUGCACAAACUCGACUGCCACAAGCCGUGGCAUGCCGGGAGGGGCCUUUGCCAGCCGUCUGCGUCGACGUCGGCUUGGGCUUCGAGAAGGGCCAUGGUGCAAGCCACACGCAGCCACUGUGA